AUGCCUUCCACUUCCUCUGCCCCUCCUGCUGCCGCUGCGGCCUCCUCAGCUGCUCCCGCCAGCCUUGGUAACAACAAGGGCAUCAAGUUCCAGAUCAAGACUGGUGGUGCUCGCUGGGAAUGUACGCUUCAGGAUCGCUCUCAAUACGAGCGCAUGAAGGCUCUACGCAGCGACUCCACCGAUUCUACGGAUUCUAAUGAUUCCAGCAACUCUUCUACCGCCGAGUCAAAGUAA